GCAUUUCACGUUCCCCACAUUCAUGAAGUAACUAACUACUACUCUAAUGUUGCUACCUUCAACUCACUUCCACUUCUUCCACACUUUUCCUCUUUCUUCUUCUUUUCACUUUUUCCCUCUCCAAUUCCCCAAAACCAAAACCAAAUUCUUCAUUCGUUGUUCAGCUACCAACUAUGAAACCGGAUCCCGUCGCUCCCCCGCCAUUGAACAAAUGGCGGAAAAGCUCCGCAGCCUCGGCAUCACCGAAUCGCCUCCCUCCACCUCUUCCGGCGGCGAAAUUCGCGUGCUGUUCCCUCACGAACUCCCGAAGAAGCUCGGGGAGGAAAUGUUCGAGCCGAGUUGGAGCACGCCGCUGAACCCGGUGCCGGUCCCUGGGAGCGGCAUCGCGGUGUUGAGCGCGAGGGAGGUGGAGAGGCGGAGAAAGCGGAGGGAAGAGGAGUUGGUGAGGCGGAAGGAGCCGGUGCCGACGCUGGCGGAGCUGAGCCUCCCGGACUCCGAGAUUCGGCGGCUGACGACGCUAGGGUUUGCGGCGAGGCGGAAGGUGCGGCUUGCGAAGGCUGGCGUCACGGAGCGGAUUGUGAACGUGAUUCACGAGCUGUGGAAGCACACCGAGGUGGUGAGGGUCUUUUGUGAGGAGUUUUCUAGAUUUGACAUGAGAAGGACUCAUGAUGUGUUGGAGAGAAAAACUGGUGGCCUUGUUGUUUGGAGAUCUGGAACUAAGGUAAUACUGUACAGAGGGACUGAUUAUAAGUAUCCUAACUUCCUAUCAGAUAAACUUUCAAGACAAGACAACACUAGUGAUGAUGCUACGCAACUUGUCAACGGCGAUGAUAAAUAUUUUUGUAAAAGUGAGAGUCACUUAUCUGAAUCAAAUUCAGAAGCAACUGCUGUGGAAAAUUCAUAUGCCAAAACAGCAAAACCUGCACUGAUACUAGGUGUUGGUACUCCCAACAAAGUACGAUUUCAACUGCCCAAUGAAGCAGAGCUAGCUGAAGAUACAGACUGCUUGCUAAUGGGGCUUGGGCCAAGAUUUAUUGAUUGGUGGGGAAGUGACCCUCUGCCUGUUGAUGCUGAUCUUCUGCCUGCCGUUGACCCUGGUUACAGAAAGCCUUUUCGUCUUCUUCCAUAUGGUGUGAAUCCUAAACUAACAGCUGAAGAAAUGACCACUUUGAAGAGACUUGGCAGACCUCUACCUUGUCAUUUCGCAUUAGGGAGAAACAGAAACCUUCAAGGAUUGGCUACUGCAAUUAUUAAGCUUUGGGAAAGAUGUGAGAUAGCCAAGAUUGCUGUGAAAAGAGGUGUGCAGAAUACCAGCAGUAAGAUAAUGACUACAGAGUUAAAGCGUCUGACAGGAGGAAUUCUCCUUUCUCGGGAUAGAGAAUUUUUUGUUCUGUAUCGAGGAAAGGACUACUUGUCAACUACAAUGUCUUCAGUCAUUAAAAAGCACACAAAAAAUAAAAUGCACGAACUGAAGGCUAGAAACAGUUCAUCCGCUAAAGCCACUCCAGAAGAGAAAGGGGGAACCAUAGAGUGUGAUUCUGAAGUAAAGGUUAGGAACUUCCAGAAUAAUACUAAACGACGAAUGUUGACUAAGGCUGAGUUAGCUAUUGAAAGAAUUAGCAUCAAAUUGUCAAUGGCAAUAGAAAAGAAAGCAAAGGCGGAAAAACUUCUAGCUGAUCUGAUAAAUGCAGAGAGUCCCCGAGAACAAGAACUUGAUAAAGAGGGUAUUACUAAAGAAGAGAAAUACAUGCUGCGGAGGAUUGGUUUGAUGAUGAAACCCUUCCUGUUACUAGGUAGACGAGGAGUUUUUGAUGGAACCGUAGAAAAUAUGCAUCUUCAUUGGAAGUAUCGGGAGCUUGUGAAGAUAAUAUGUAACGGAAGUCUGGAAGAUGUUCAUCAGAUAUCUCUGACCUUAGAGGCAGAAAGUGGUGGAAUAUUAGUGGCUGUAGAGAGAGUUAGAAAGGGCUUUGCAAUCAUUGUGUAUCGUGGAAAGAAUUAUAGUGCCCCUCCUUGUCUGAGGCUUCAAAAGCUUUUAAAUAAAAGGCAAGCUUUGAAGCGUUCUAUAGAGGCACAGCGCCGUGAGUCAUACAAGCGUCGUAUUUUGAUGCUAGAAAAGAAAAUAAAUGAACUGAAACUUCAGAUGGUUGAAGAUAACGAGGCUAACAGUAAGCAUAUAGUUGAAGCGUGGAGAUUUGACAUGUUUAUGGCACGAUUCAAGGCUACGGACAAACAAGAAGCUUUUUCAAAUUCCAUAAGUUGGAAUUCUCCUGAAGCAUCUGUUGACAAUCAACAAGCAAUACAGGAGCGGCCAGUUGAGCUGAUUGAUAGUGGUGAAGCGCAUCAAGGCAAACUAGAAAAUUCUAUAAAUUGGAAUUUUCCUACAGAAGCUUCCGUUGACAAUCAACAAGCAUUACAGGAGCAGCCAAUUGAGCUUAUUGAUGGAUGUGGAGCUCAUCAUGGUGUACCAAAACAUUCCAUAAAUUGGAAUUCUCCUAAAGAAGUUUCUCUUGAAAAUCUACAAGCAAUACAGGAGCACCCUGUUGAGCUUAUUAAUGGACUGGGAGCUCGUCAAGAUGAAUCAAAAAAUUCCAAUUCCAUAAAUUGGAAUUCUCUUAAAGAAGCUUCUGUUGACAAUCUACAAGGAAUACAGGAUCAGCCAGAUGAGCUGAUUCAUUGUAGUGGAGCUCAACAAGGUGAACCAGAAAAUUCCACUAGUUGGAAUUCUUCAAUAAAAGCUUCCAUUGGCAAUCUUCAAGCAAUACAGCAUAAACCAGUUGAGCUGAUUGAUGGUGGUGGAGCUCGACAAGAUGAACCAGAAUCCUGGCCUAGUUUGAUUCACAAGGAAACACAAUUGGAUGAAAUGAGUGAUUCUGAUAAUGAAAAUUGCAUCUCCAAUAGCAAGACAAUGGAGCCAUCAUCAUCAAAAAAUGAUCCUGAACCAUCAGCUCCAGUGAUAAAUAUGAGUUUUCCUUCUAGGUCUCUGCAUCUUUCAACCAAAGAGAGGCUUCUUCUACGGAAGCAGGCCUUAAAGAUGAAGCAACCUGUUGUUGUCAUAGGAAAGAGCAAUAUUGUAUCUGCUGUUGUGCAAGCAAUUAAAGUUCAUUUCGAACAGCACCCUCUUGCUAUAGUUAAUGUCAAAGGAAGGCCAAAGGGGACCACGGUUCAGGAGCUGGUGUUCAAGCUAGAGCAAGAAACAGGUUCCCUUCUAGUCUCUCGGGAGCCUAGUAACAUCAUACUUUAUAGGGGUUGGCCCGCAGAUGAACCAGUCCAUGCAACAAAUGUUAAUAAAAUGAGUAAAGAUAGAGCCUAUACACACAGGAGCAGGAACACGAAAAGAAGAAUAAGUAUGAUAGGGAGAAGAAGAAUUAGUACUAGGAUAGGGAAAAGAAGUAUUGGUAGGACAAGCUCUAGGUCAAAUUUUAAUUUUAGGAGAAACUCUACCCCCAUCUUUAGCCCUAGUUCGUAACACCAUAAUUUAGUUAUGUGAAGUCAGGGAAAAUUUUGGGGGUGAUUGAAGGGUAUUGAAAUUUUUAGUGGAAAAACACUCAGCAGGAACUGAAAAAGAAAUACUAUAGGAAAGAAGCCUCCACUAAUUUCGAAGCCUUCCUUCACUCCUCAAAGUGCAUAGUGUUUUGUUUGUCAAACGUGUUCUUUCUCUGGGACUCAA